AUGUCUUCCUUGACCCUGGUGUGGAAACUAGGAGCCUCGUAUUCCGAGGUUUGGUCAGCAGAAGUGGACAAUGUGGUAAAGCAGGCGGUCCACAACCUCGCCAAGAUUGUUCAACGUGGUUCUAGACUGCCCAGCCUGGAUGCAAAAUCAGGAAAACCCCCAAAAAGAUCACAAGAAAAAGGAUAUACGUAUCCAAUUGAAGCAGAUAUAUAUGUCAAGGACGAAUUUGAUCCUAACAGCAUUGUGCUUGUCCAGACUUUGCAAUUACUGAAUCAAAAAGUAGAGGAACAAGAUCAUAAGUUGUUAAAAGAUAUUGUCUCAAGAAUAGCAAAUGAGUCUGUCAGUUCAAAAAACUACUCUGUUUUUAAAGAGUAUGUAAGGAGAUUUGUCAAUGGUCUAGGCUUUAGUGAGAAGUUUUCAGUCAAUGAAACAGAAGACAUCUUUAACAUACUGAUAGAGAUAUGGGAGAAUCCAAAAUUUGCAAGUUAUGUGUUGAAGAAAGUUUACAAUGAGGAUGUAAGUGAUGCUGUGAUACCCAUAGGAAAGGAGAUCUCGGAUCAGUUGCCUGAGGAUGUUCAACAGUUAGAUCCGAAAGCAAUAACUCUCUUUUAUAAAGCUCUUAAAGAUGGAAAAGAAAAAGUCAAUAAUAUUCGCCUGAUGGUCUUAGGAAUGUGUGGUGUGGGAAAAACCUCUUUGGUGAAAAAUUUGAUUCGAGAUUUUCGCAAAAAAUUAUCAGAACCUCUGAGCACUGAAGGCAUUGAUGUCCAUAGGUGUAAGUUGACGACAGAUGGUGAUUGGUUUUUAGAUAAAGAAUUAAAAGUGGUCAGGUAUGAAUAUCGCAUGCAAAAAGUCGUUACUAAGAACACGAAUCCAGCAACUUCAGCUAAUGAUGAAAUUGCUAGCAGUCACGAUUUGUUUGUUAACACAGUCACAUCUAGUAAGGAUCAUGAAACUCAAACUCAAAGUGAACCAUUACAAACUAUCAAAGAAAAAAUAGCCUUGCAUAAAGAAGAUGAUAUAGUAGGACUUAAGUUUGCCAAAAUGAUGGUUGAAACUUCCAGUGAUCAUUCAGAAAAGAGAAAGGCUUUGCUUGAUGAAUCAAAAAAUGAGGUUACUGUGUCUGUUUGGGAUUUUGCAGGUCAGCCACAGUACUAUUCAACUCAUCAGUUCUUCUUGAAUAAGAGGUCAAUAUACAUAGUGGUGAUGGACAUGACAAAAGAAUUGAAAGAUGCUGUAGGUGAUUCUGAAGAAAUUGGAAUUUGGUGCGGUUCUGUUGAUGAUUGUACCUAUUUGGACAUAUUUAAAUUUUGGCUGAAUGCAAUUCACAUGAACAGUGAUUAUCAAUCUAAAACACAACAAAGAAAGACAAUAAAGAAAACUGUUAUUUUAGUUGGCACUCGAAAAGACAAAAUGAAGGGUAAUGAUCUUGAAGAAAAAGAGAAUAUAAUGAAUUCCUAUUUUGACAAUGCUUUAUUUAGCUUUGAUCAUGGCUCACCAAUUUUUGAACACAUUUACCCGAAGAGAUUUCUUGUAGAUAAUUUGACUCCGAAUGAUUCUGCUUUUGCAGAGUUACGGAAAGAAAUUGUAAGUUUGGCUGCGGAGCAAGAUUAUUGGGGUGAAGAAUAUCCUGUUCGAUGGAUUCAUAUGGAACAAACACUGGACAAAAUGAGAGAUGAAAAGCGACAAAUAGAACAUAUAAAAACGGUUGAAGAAGAAGAUUUAAAAAACUUACACCCAUUGGGUAAAGAAGAACUAACCUUGUUUCUUGAAAUACAGCACAAACAAGGGAAUAUCAUUUUUUUCAACACAGGCGAACUUAAGAAUUUUGUUGUUCUUGCACCUCAAUGGAUCAUUGAAGCUUUUAGAUGUUUUAUCCCUCAUAAUCAGAAAAUAGAAUCAACCGUUUUGAAAGAUUGGGAAGAAUAUAUAAAGCAUGCAAUUCUCAAACCAAAUGUUCUCCUUGAAGUUAUGAAAAACAGUCCUCCCUAUAUUCAUGAAUAUAAGAAUGCUGUUGUGAGAUACAUGGAAUAUCUAAAUGUUAUUGCAAAACCUGUAACAAGUGUUUUGGAUAUAACAGGAGUCCUGGAUCAACAAAAAAGAGUAUGUGAAGAAACUAGUGGCAUAGAUGAUCACAAUCCUACAAUGUUAGAUUGCCACAUCGUUCCCUGUCUAUUGAGAUUUCCACCACCGCCACUAAAAAAAUUUACUUCACCUGAUAUACCUCGAACACCAGUUUUAGCUUUUGUGUUUUGCGGAAAAUUUAUGCCCCCUUCUUUUUUCCACAGGCUUGUAGCUGUGUGCAUUCGUGCCUGGCCUAUCAGCAAGGAAAGUAACCUAUAUUGUUUAUUUAACGGCUUGGCUAUAUUUGCUCUCAAUUCAAGUUCAACAUAUACGUUGAGAAUAUGGUAUAGGGAUUUCAUCAUUUAUGCAAGGAUAGCAUGUUAUUCUAAAAACGCGAAGUUAGAAGAGUUCGUCUGGCUUUUUCAAGGGGUGCGUCACAAACUUGAGAAAAGUUUACAUGACUUUGUGUGUCAAUCUUCCUCCGAAUUUGAAGAGUAUAUUCAGUGCCCAAACAUGCAAGAGUACAUUCAUAAUGAAGGAUUGUUGAGAGUGGCACAGUUCAAGUAUGAAACGGAGAUAUUUUGUUCAUAUUGUAGUAUUCCGCACACUGUAAAACAAUCAGAUGCUUUGAAACAUUGGUUCAAAGAAUGGCUGGAUCAAAAAGAAACUGAUGAUAAUUAAUACAGGAAGAAAUAUUUGGUGUAGAAUUGAUCAUUUCAAUUCUAAAAUGUUAGAUUGCCACUUUGUUCCUUGUCUACUGAGCAGGGCAUCACAAACACUAGACCGUUUGUUUUUUUAAACAGACGUUAAUGUUGCCCACCAGAACGGCUUUGCGAAUGACUAAUUGAAAAGAUUGCUGAGAAUUUUGUUUAAUGUACUCAAGGAGCUUCAAUUUUCAAGUUUGACAUUUUUCAAUGGUUUUGUCUAAAUACAUAACUUUUGAAAGUGAGGUAUUGCAAAUUCUUUUUUUUUGCAUUGUUUGAAAAGUUGCCAUGGUAAUAUUAACACUUUCAAGACAGAUACAGAAUAUAGUAUCCAUUUAUAUUCUGAAAUCAUUAAAUUGUAAUUUGUUUCUGUAACAAUUUUAGUAUGCCACCCUUCAAAGAAGAGGGGGUAUAUUGUUUUGCUUGAUGUCGGUAGACCAGUUCGUUUCCGAUCAAUAACUCGUCAACGACUUGAUCAAUUGGCGUGAUACUACAUAUAUGCAUUGGUGUUGGACAGUAGAUAACUCCUAUUGAAAUUGGGGUCACUUGGUUAAAGGUCAAGGUCACUGUCACAUUUAGUUUGAAAAUCGUUUCCAAUCAAUAACUCGUCAACGAAUCAACCGAUUUGAUUUAUGUUUCACAUGUGCAUUUGCCUUGGACAGUAGAUGACCCCUAUUGAAAUUGGAGUCACUAGGUCAAGGUCACUGUCACAAUAAGUGUGAUAAUCGUUUCCGAUCAAUAACUUGUCAACGAAUUAACCAAUUGGCUUGAUACUUCACAUGUGGACAGUAGAUGACCACUAUUGAAAUUUAGAACAAAGGUCAUGGUCAUUGUCACAAUAAGUGAAAAUCUUUUCAGAUCAAUAACUUGUCAAUAAAUUGUACGAUUGGCUCGAUACUUCACAUGUGCGUUGGCCUUGGAGGUAAAUGACCCCUAAUUAUACUACCAUAGUAUUCUUUAAGUGACUAAGUCACAUUGAUAUGAUAAGAUUAAGUAUUAUGGUCAGUUAUGUUGCAUAAAAUCAUGGCCCUGUGUGUGUGGGGGGAUAAAUUCCAAAUAAAUAAAUAUAUUGUUAUAAAAGUUUCAUUUAUUGAAAUCAUUGUACAAAAACUAUAUCAUUCUUUAUUGAAAAUAGUGCAUGUUUAUUGAUUUGUAUAGUGAUUAAAUGUCAAACAGGCACCCUUACUACUUGUACUUGCCUGUUUCAUCAAAUAUUUAAUAUGAGGAUUUUUAUUUCACAUUAUAUGAUUACCAUAUAAGUAUUGUUUCCAUUUUUUGUGCAUGAGUUGAAUUCGUUUAAAAUUUAUAUGAAUGUAAAACAUUUUCUAUUUUGUCUCGAGUUAUUCGAGGUUUGAUUGUUUUUCAUGUAUGUGUUUCCUAUUGUUCUCUGACCAAGAGUGUACUUUUUUUAGCUCAUCUGAGCACAACGUUCUCAUGGUGAGCUUUUGUGAUCACCUUUUGUCCGUUGUCCGUCAUCAACAUUUUGCCUUGUUAACACUCUAGAGGCCACAUUUAUUGUCUGAUCUUCAUGAAACUUGGUCAGAAGAUAUGUCUUAAUGAUAUCUUAAUCGAGUUCGAAAUUGGAUCACAUGAUAUCAAAAACUAGGUCACUAGGUCAAAUAAAAGAAAAAGCUUGUUAACACUCUAUAGAAGUCACAUUUAUUUCCAAUCUUCAUGAAACUUUGUCAGAACAUUUGUCCCAAUAAUAUCUCAGCUGAGUUCGAAAAUGGUUCAGGCCAGUUGAAAAACAUGGCCAACAGGGGGUGGGGCAGUUUUCCUUAUAUGGCUAUAGUAAAACCUUGUUAACACUCUUACUUCUAGUCCAAUCUUCAUGAAACUUGGUAAAAACAUUUGUUCUAAUGAUAUCUCAGCUGAGUUUUAAAAUGGUUCCGGUUCGUAAAAAAACAUGGCCGCCAGGGGUUGGGGCAGUUUUGCUUACAUGGCUGUAGUAAAACCUUGUUAACACUCUAGAAGUCACAUUUAUAGUCCAAUCUUCAUGAAACCUGGUCAUAACAUUUGUCUCAAUCAUAGCUCGGUUGAGUUAAAAAGUUAAAAAUUGGUUCUAGUCCGUUAAAAAAUAUGGCCGCCAGGAGGCGGAGCAGUUUUCCUAAUAUGGCUUUAGUAAAACCUUGUUAACACUCUAGGAGUCACAUGUACAGUCCAAUCUUCAUGAAACUUUGUCAGAACAUUAGUUCUUAUGAUAGCUCAGCUGAGUUUGAAAAUAGUUCCUGUCCGUUGAAAAUCAUGGCCACCAGGGGGCGGGGCAGUUUUCCUUAUAUGGCUAUAGUAAAACCUUGUUAACAUUCUAGAAGUAACAUUUUUAUUCCAAUCUUUGUGGAACUUGGUCAGAACAUUUGUACUAAUGAUAUCUCGGCUGAGUGUGAAAAUGGUGCCGGUCCGUUGAAAAACACGGCCAACAGGGGUGGGGCAGUUUUCCUUAUUUGGCUAUAGUAAAACCUUGUUAACACUCUAGAAGUCACAUUUAUAGUCCAAUCUUUAUUGAACUUGGUCCGAAGAUUUGUUCUAAUGAUAGCUCGUCUGAGUUAAAAAUUGGUUACAGUUCAUUGAAAAACAUGGCCUCCAUUGGAACGGCAGUUUUCCUAAAAUGACUAUAUUAAAACCAUGUUAACACUCUUGUUGUAAUGAGGAUAUUAGUGCACAAUGAUGAUGAGGAUGAUGAAGAUGAUGAUCAUAUACUGGUAAUGUAUUCAGAAACAGUAAGAACUACCCAAAUAUCUAAUUAUCCCCACGCUUUUUGAAAAGCGUGGGGAUAUUGUGGUUAUCUCCGCCGUCUGUCCGUCUGUCUGUCCGUCUGUCUGUCUGUCCUAGCCACUAUCUCCUCCUACACUGUAAGCACUAGAACCUUGAAUCUUACUCACAUGGUAGCUAUAAGCAUAUGUGCAACCCUGCACUAUUUGGAAUUUUGAUCUGACCCCUGGGUCAAAAGUGAUGGGGGUCGGGGCGGGCCGGGUCAGAGAUUUUCACUCAUUUUGUGUGUUAUUUUACAUCACUUUCUUCAUUUCUGCACCGAUUCACUUCAAAUUGAUUCAGAACCUCUCUUACGACAAUACGGUCAUUCUCAACUAUGCAUGGCCCCAUUACCAACCCUGGGGCGCCCCGCCCACAUAGACAACACCCACCCAAAAUUGCCUUUUACUAUAACUUCUUCAUUUCCACACGGAUUCACUUCUAAUUGAUACUGAACUUCUCUUAUGACAAUAUGGUCAAUCUCAACUAUGCAUGUACUAUGCAGUACUUGAAUAAACGUUGAACAUGCCCAAUAUUGCAUCUGUUAAUAUAAAGAAGACAAAAUAACAAAUCAAAACAAAUUUAUUUGUUAAACCACUGAAUUAUUUAAGAAUGAUGAAUUCACAAUUUUUUCCCAAACGAUCUGUUUCAUUGAAGCAAAUAUUCCCAAAGUUGCCAAAUUUGUCGAUAAAAAAUUCCCAAUUUGGUCAGACUCCUUUUCACAAAAUAUGCAGAAAACCCCCUGAUAUCUUGGACGAGUUCAAAAUUGAUGCAUGUUAGUUGAAAAGCAUGGCCGCCAGAGGGCGGGUAUUUUUCCUUAUAUGGCUAUAGUAAAUCUUGUUAACACUCUAGAGGCCAGAUUUUUUUCCGAUCUUCAUGAAACUUGGUCAGAUAAAUUGUCCCAAUGAUAUCUUGGAUGAGUUUGAAAAUGGUUUCGGUUGCUUUAAAAAACAUGGCCACCAGGGGGGGGGGCAUUUUUUCUUAUAUGGCUAUGUAUGGCUUUAGUAAAACCUUCUUAACACUCUAGAGGCCACAUUUAUUGUCCGAUCAGCAUGAAACUUGGUCACAAGAUAUCUCCCAAUGAUAUCUUGGAUGAGUUUGAAAAUGGUUCCGGUUGGUGGAAAACAUGGCCGCCAAGGGGGUAUGGCAUUUUUCCUUAUAUAGCUAUAGUAAAACCUUGUUUUCACUCUAGAAGCCACAUUUAUUGUCCGAUCAUCAUGAAACUUGGUCAGACGAUUUGUCUUAAUGAUAUCUUAGACAAGUUCGAAAAUGGUUGUAGUUGCUUGAAAGACAUGGCCACCAGGGGGCGGGGCAUUUUUCCUUAUAUGGCUUCAUGAAACUUUGUCAGAAUAUUAGUUUAAAUGAUAUCUUGGAUAUGUAUGAAAAUGUUUCUGGUAUGUUGAAAAAUAAGGCUGCCAGGGUGUUCACUAGUCAUGAAAGUUGGUUAGAACAUUUGUUCUAAUGACAUCUUGGGCUGCACAGAACAGGUCAGAUCCUUUGAAUCUCAGGUGAGCGACUUUCUGACCCUCUUGUUUUAUAAACAUUAACACACACACACACACAACUUCUUAUAACGCAUAUUAUGUAUAUAUCUGCCGAAACAACAAACCCUAUCUUUUCACAAAACAACGCUAACAACCCUUGCUUAAUUUUAUACUACUCAGGUGAGCAUCCCAAGGCCACCAUGACCCUCUUGUAUUAAAUUGUUGUAAUGCCGAAAUAUGUCGUAUUCUCUACAUUUGUUGUUACUGUCAUACGUCAGUGUUUAUGUCUCUUAUCUUGUAUGUAUCCAUUUGCAUCCUUUGUGAGAUUCACAGUGUUUUUUUCACUUCUAGGGGAAUGGCGGCGGGGCCCGUCCAAAGGGGAAAAAUGCGUCGUUUUUUAGGAAAAGGGGAAAAUUAAAAAUUCACUCUUUUAUAUGUAAUGAUAUUUAUUAUAUGAAUACACAUGUUUGUAUGAAUAUAAUAUUCACAGCAGAAUGUCUCUGUCCUUUUUCUGAAAUAUAUAUCAAUAAUUUUUUCAACAUUAGUUUCAGACAGUUCAGCCUUCAUGCACAGUCUCAGUUUUCUUAGCCAUUUUGAGUCGAAUUGAGUUUUUUAAAUCGAUUAAAUGGCAAAUUUGAGCUUUUUUUAUCAAUAAAAUGGACCAAAUUGGAAUGUUUUUAUCAACAAAUAUUGACACAAUAUAGAUACAUCAGGCCUUUUCCUUGCCAUUUUGGGAGAAAAAUGAAAUUCAUGUGACAAGUCCACUGAUUUGGAAAAACUUACUUAUCUUAUUUAAUAUAACACAUCACUUUAUAAUAAUUAAAAAUCAUAUAAAUUAUAGUUAUAUACUUUGUUAGUUAUUUAUGAAAUAAAUUUGAGAUAUAUUUGUCAUGAUUAUGAAACAGUUCUUUCUUAAAAAAAAAAAAAUAUUUUUUUUUUUUACUUCUGGAGGGGAUUUUUUUCACAAAAUGGGGGGAAAAUAUAUACUCUUUUUUGAGGAGAAUGGGGCCAUAUAUCGGCCCCGAAAUUGCCAUAAAAAACACUGAUUCAGUACAUUGUCCUUUGUUGGUGCAGCCAUAUACUUGCCAUGCAUGUUUUGUCCAGUCAGAUCGAGAGAUAUUAAUAAUAAAGAUUUGAUUGGUCAACACUUUAAAACCUUUGUUAGAGAUUGCGAAGUACUGACCACGCUGCUUUUUGACUGUUGCAAGACAAACUUCAUAUAUAUUGUUGUUGUGUUUUUUACUAUUUACAUUGCAUUCUUUCAACCUGGUGAGUUUAAAAUUAUUUGUAUUUACAGCAUAAUUUGUUCAGCAUAACGAAUGUAUUUGUUUAAUUAUCCCCACGCUUUUCAAAAAGCGUGAGGAUAUUGUGGUUAUCUCCGCCGUCUGUCCGUAGGUCCGUCCUGGCCAUUAUCUCCUCCUACACUAUAAGCACUAGAACCUUGAAACUUACACACAUGGUAGCUAUGAGCAUAUGUGCGACCCUGCACUAAUUGGAAUUUGAUCUGACCCCUGGGUCAAAAGUUAUGGGGGUUCGGGUGGAGCCGGUCAGAGAUUUUCACUCAUUUGUUUAUGUUAUUUUACAUUAACUUCUUCAUUUCUACACGAUUUACUUCAAAUUGAUACUGAACAUCUCUUAUGACAAUACGGUCAAUCUCAACUAUGCAUGGCCCCAUUACCAACCCUGGGGCGCCCCCUGGGUCAAACAUGCGGUGUGGGAAUACGCGUGCAGACGCCAUUUUUUUUACAUUAACUUCUUUAUUUCUACGAAGAUUUACUUCAAAAUGGUACUGAACAUCUCUUAUGACAAUACGGUCAAUCUCAACUAUGCAUGGCCUCAUUACCAGCCCUGGGACGCCCCGCCAACAUAGACCAUGCCCACCCAAAAUUUUGAUUUAACAUAACUUCUUCAUUUAUUCACCAAUUGACUUCAAAUUAAGUUUGAACAGCUCAUGGUCAAGAUCCCGAGCUAUUUGGGCAUAAUUAAAAUCCAAGCCAGAUUGGCGGUCAAUAUCCCAAGCUAUUUCAGCAUAAUUAAAAUCCAAGCCAGUUUGGUGGUCAAGAUCCCAAGCUAUUUUAGCAUUAUUAAAACCCAAGCCAUUUUGGAUGUCAAACCCCAAGCUAUUCCGUCACAAUUAAAAUCCAAGCCAGAUUGGCGGUCAAGACCCUAAGCUAUUUCAGCAUAAUUAAAAUCCAAGCCAGAUUGGCGGCCAAGACCCCAAGCUAUUUCAACAUAAUUUAAAUCCAAGCCAGUUUGGUGGUCAAGACCCCGAGCUAUUUCAGCAUAAUUAAAAUCCAAGCCAGAUUGGCGGCCUAGACCCCAAGCUAUUUCAGCAUAAAUUAAAUCCAAGCCAGUUUGGUGGUCAAGACCCCAAGCUAUUUCAGUAUUAUUAAAACCCAAACAUUUUGGAUGUCAAAACCCCAAGCUAUUCCGGCAUAAUUAAAAUCCAAGCCUGAUUGGCGGUCAAGACACCGAGCUAUUUCAGCAUAAUUAAAAUCCAAUCCAGAUUGGCGGCCAAGACCCCAAGCUAUUUCAGCAUAAUUUAAAUCCAAGCCAGUUAGAUGGUCAAGACCCCGAGCUAUUUCAGCAUAAUUAAAAUCCAAGCCAGAUUGGCGGCCUAGACCCCAAGCUAUUUGAGCAGAAUUUAAAUCCAAGCCAGUUUGGUGGUCAAGACCCCGGGCUAUUUCAGCAUUUUCUAAAUACAUGCCAGUUUGGAGAUCAAGAUCCCAAGCUAUUUCAUCAUCAUUCAUUAAAAUUCAAUCCAGUAUGGUGGUCAAGAUACCGAGCUUUUUCAGCAUAAUUAAAAUCUAAGCCAGUUUUGUGGUCAACACCCCAAGCGAUCCAGCCUUAUUAAAAUCCAAGCCAGUUUGGUGGUCAAGAUCCUGAGCUAUUUCAGCCUAAUUAAAAUCUAAGCCAGUUUGAUGGUCAAGAUCCCGAGCUUUUUCAGCAUAAUUAAAAUCCAAGCCAGUUUAUCCACCCCAGGGCCCCGCCCACAUAGGCCACACCCAGCCACAAUUGCCUUUUCGUCAGUCCGUCCUGGCCACUAUCUCCUCCUUCACUAUUAUCACUAGAACCUUGAAACUUAAACACAUGGUAGCUUGCGGCAUGGGGAUUCGCGUCGGCCUCUGCCGCGCCAUUUCUAGUUGUGUUUUGAAUAAAUUUUUGCACAUUGAACUAUUUUAUAAGUGAUCCAAAUGUUCUGAAAUGUUAUUGGAUGUUUUUGUUGGUUUUUGGUUAUGUUCAUAUAUAUUUAAUACAUACACAAAACACCCAGUUUUCUUUCAAGCGUCAACAAAAUUCAUUGAACCUCGAUAGGGUAUUUGGAUUUAUUCCAUUACCCUAUCCCACAACAUAUACAUUAGGAAUACAGCUGCAAAUAGUACAAUGACUUAAGGGAAAAAAAUUAGCCGUAUAUUUAUUGCUAACCCUUCUGUAUAUACAUUCUACAAGUUAUAAGUUUUGUGUGACAAAUCAGUAAUUUUUAUGUCCCCCAGGGGGGACAUAUUGUUUUUGCCCUGUCUGUUUGUUCGUUGGUUUGCAUCAAACUUUAACAUUUGCCAUAACUGCAAUAUUGAAGAUAGCAACUUGAUAUUUGGCAUGUAUUCCACGGAGCUGCACAUUUUGAGUGGUGAAAGGUCAAGGUCAAAGGUCAAAUAUAUGGGUGAAAAUCACUAAACUUUAUCAUUUGCCAUAUUUUUUGCAAUAUUAAACAUAGAAACUUCAUAUUUGGCAUGCAUGUGUGUCUCAUGGAAAUGCACAUUUUGAUUGAUGAAAGGUCAAGGUCAUCCUUCAAGGUCAAAGGUCAAAUAUAUGUGUCAAAAUCGCUCAUUUACUAUACACUAAAACUUCGUAACGACUUUUCAAAUGCAUAUGGAGUUGCACAUUUUAAUUUGUACAAUGUUAAGGUCAAGGUCAUCAUGAAAGGUCAAGGUCAUCAUGAAAGGUCAAAGGUCAUUUACAAAGGUCAAUUUUCAUUUUUAAUAUGCCAAAACGUCAGUACCAAUUUAUAAAGAUACUUUAUAGUUUACAUGCAUGUGUUACUCAUACAGCUGAACGUAUUAGUCGGUGACAUGUCAAGGUCAUCCUUCAAGGUCAUAUACUUAAAAAUGCCUAUACCUUUUAACUAUUUUACAUAGCAUGUCAAACAUUUGCCAUAACUUUUGCAAUAUUGAACAUAGCAACUUCAUAUUUGGCAUGCAUGUGUAUCUCAUUGAGAGGCACAUUUUGAGUGUUGAAAGUUCAAGGGCAUCCUUCAAGGUCAAAGUCAUCCUUCAAGGUCAAAGGUCAAAUAUAUGGGUAAAAAUCGCUCAAUUAAUAAACACUUCAAAGCAACUUCAUAUUUGGCAUGCUGGGGGGCAUAGUGUUUCUCAAACACAUCUUGUUAAUUUAUGUAAGUAUAUCAAAGAAGCUUUUAUUAGAAGAAAUACGAUCCUUAAUAAUACCGUGUAAUACAUUUCAUUUUCGCCUCUAUUAAAUAUACUUGUUCUUGAAAUGGAUUGUGUUAAAUUGUAUUUAUAUUCUUUAAAGGAUGUUGCAUAAUGUUAUGUUGUUAUAGAAAUUCACGUGACAGAAAAUAAUGUUGAUAUGUACGUAUGAAGAUGGUGUACUGUUGUAUAAGUCAGAAUAAACUGUCUGUCUGUCUGUCUGUCUGUCUGUCUGUCUGUCUGUCUGUCUGUCUGUCUGUCUGUCUGUUUGUCUGGUAUUUUUAUGUUGUUUAAAUAAGGUGUGUUUCAUAAAUGACAAAUGCUUGAUCAGUGUGUGUUUGGUAUUAUGCAUUAAUUUAUAGACAAGCCAAACAUGAAAUAAAAUUGAUCGUAUGUAUUUACAAACAUGCACAAUAGGGGUGCGUGUGUUUACUUAUCGGGCAUAUACAUUGUACAUUAGAUUUAUACUUUGUGGAAUAAAUGAUGAGUCUGAUUAUGCAUAUAUAAGAGUAUAUACAAGCUGUUAAUAUAACGCGUUUUAUGUUCCAUUUUUAGCUCGACUAUUAUAUAUAAAACAUAUAUAUUGCAUCUAUCCUACUCACCUCGGCGUUGGUGUGAGCGUGAGCGUUGGAAUGUCAAAGUUUGUGUACCACCUCUAAUAUUUUCUUGAUAUAUUGCUUUUAUAUUUUGCAUACUUCUUUACCAACAUGACCCCAAUCUAUAAAAAAGAGCAGACAACUGUAUCAAGCAUUUUGUAAGAAUUAUGUUCCCUUUUUAUACUAAGAAAAUUGAAAAUUUGGGUAAGUUUUGUGUUUAGGUCCACUUUAUUCCUAAAGUAUCAUAGCUAUUGCUCUCAGACUUGGAACAUUCGCUAACUAUCAUAAGGGGUCUGUACAGGAAAAGUUGCAUAACUCUGGUUGGCAUUUUGACGGAAUUAUGGCCCUUUUUUGACUUAGUAACUUUGAAUAUUUUGUUAAAUUUUGUGUUUAGAUCCACAUUACUUCUAAAGUAUCAAGGCUAUUUCUUUCAAACUUCAAAUACUUUCUAAUUAUCAUUAGGGUACUGUACCUGGCAAGUUGAAUUCGACCUUGACUUUUGAAUGACCUUGACUCAAGGUCAAAUUAUUAAAUUUUGCUAAAAUUAUUUAUUUAUUAUUUAUGAUCAGAUUUUAUUCAUGCUUUGACAAAACAACACUUACCUGACAUACCACAAUGGACUCCAACCAAACCAUCCCCACGCCCCAUCUCAGAAUCCCCCCCCCCCAAAAAAAAAUUUUUAUCUUUAUUAUUUUAUUUUUGAAAGACCGUCCAUCCAUCCCACCCAAGCUAUUGCUAUCAAACUUGAAAUAAAAUCUAAUAAUUUGUUUUAUGUCUUUAUGUCAUAAGCGAUCAAUAUGUUUCAAUUAUAGUCCUCUUCCAGUUAGAAUAUGACUAUAUUACCUUGAGCUUAUUGAAUAUGAAAAAUUUCGCCAUGAUGGCUUACGUUAUACUGUCAAGCACUGGAAUAGUAGAGAGUGUACUGUCUUCUGACAGCUCUUGUCAAUGUAGUUGUUUGUAAAAUAAAAGCUUAUGUUUUCUCUAAAUAAUAUACGGAUACUGUUUAAAGUGUUAAGGUUUCUGUUUCAAACUUCGAAAUUGUUUAUCUGUUAAUAAAGAUGAGCAAGUUAGACACAAAAAUAUGAGAUUGGUGACAUAGAAUUACAAAACUUGAACAAUAAUACUAUGAUUUAAGUAAAUGUUACAAGUUUUUAUUAACAAAGUGCUUAAUAAUUAUUAUAAUUAUAAUAGUAUAAUUAUAUACAUCUACUCAUUUAUUAUAUGCCCUGGAUUUUACUUUACACUGUUCUAUAAACAAUACAUAUAUCAUAUGUAAAUGUCAAAAUGACAUAUACUGCUACUUAUAUAUUUAUAAUAAACGGUAAUGUAAUAUGUCGAUUGUACAUAGAUCAAAUACACAAAGAUGAUUUGAUUAAAUUCAAUGAAACUUAA